CAUUUAUUAACCAUUAUUAUUAUUAUUAUUAUUAUUAUUAUUAUUAUUAUCAUUAUUAUUAUGCCUGCAGAAUAUACCUUUUUUCUAAGUUCUACAAGUUCUUCUAAAAUUGGAGUGUUUUCCUGAAUGCACCUGGAAAAGAAAUGAAUAAAAAAAUCUUGAUAAACAAGUCUGUCUGACCCCAUUUAAACCAUGCUAGUUCACUAUCUAUGAGAAGAAUACAUGUACAUGCCUUGGUCACACAAAGAGGCUCAACUAAGUCAGUCCAUAAAGACAAACUCCUUCAAGCAGCAACCAAAGAUGAUUAUCAUUAUAAUUAUCAUAUCAUUAUCAUUAUCAGUGUUAGUAUAAUAUUUUCAAGUAUUUCCCAGGAAUUACAAAGGAAGUGCAAACCCCUGUCAUUCAGAGCACAGUAUCAUUAUCGAUAUCAAUAUCAAUAUCAAUAUUGUUAUCAUUAUCAUUAUAGCUAUCGUUGUCGUUAUCGUUAUUACUAUCAUC